AUGAAGAUAAACAACUUUCUCUCCUUUUUGCUUUUUUCUUUUCAAUUAGUUGCUGGUGACUACUACGAUACUCUUGGAUUGUCCAAAGAUGCCAGUGAUAGAGAUAUCAAGAAGGCUUAUAGAAACUUGAGUAAGAAAUAUCAUCCUGACAAGAAUCCAGGGGAUGAAGAGGCUCAUCACAAGUUCCUUGAGAUCGGUGAAGCCUAUGAUGUCUUGUCUGAUGAGGAAAAAAGAAAAAUAUACGAUCAAUACGGUGAAGAAGGGUUGAAGCAUGGUGGGGCGCCUCCACGUCAGAAUGGAGGGUUUGAUUUCUUUGAUCAGAUGUUUGGUGGAGGUGGUGGAUUUAAUCAAGGUAACCGUGGAGGUGGUGGCAAACAAAGAGGUAAAGAUGCGCAUACCGAGCUCACAGCAACUUUGAAAGAGUUUUACAAUGGUGUGGGAAAAGAAUUUAGCCUUGACAUGCAGAAUAUUUGUGAGGAUUGUAAAGGUAGUGGGAGUGAAGAUGGAAUUGAUCACACUUGUGGGGUAUGUGGAGGAUCUGGUAUCAGACUUAUCAAAAGACAAUUAGGUCCGGGAAUGUUCCAACAGAUUCAAACGCAUUGCGAUCGUUGUCAAGGUAAAGGGAAAGUUAUUGAAAAUCUUUGUCAUAAAUGUCAAGGAAACGGAGUCGUUAGAAAAAUCAGAGAUUAUCACUUCCAUUUAGAACCUGGUUCUGACAGGGGACAUGUAGAGAAGUUUGAACAAGAAUCUGAUCAACAUCCAGAUAUAAUUCCCGGAGAUUUACAUGUUGCUGUGAAGGAAAGCCCAGACGGUAAUAUGGGUUAUAGAAGAAAACACAAUGACUUGUAUAGAACAGAGCCUAUCACCUUGAAAGAAGCCUUGGUUGGCGGCUGGGAAAGAAAUAUUGGAUUUUUAGAUUUGGAUUACAAUACAAUUACUUUGAAGAGAAACUCUGGGGAGAUGAUCGUUGAUGGAGAAAUAGAAAUCAUUAAAGGUAAAGGGAUGCCGCUCAAAGAUGGCGCAGAUGAAUUUGGAGACUUGUAUGUGGAAUAUAAGAUAAUAUAUCCUGGGGGCUCAGCAAAGGCUGCAAAAAAAUUGAAAGAUGAACUUUGA